AUGUUUGAGCGGAUCAAGACCAUGGUGCUGUCCGCCCGCGACAUUUUGGGUCACUCGACCACGGAGGAUGGCUCGGACCUCAUCAUGCCCAACGACAACGCUACGCUGCUCAUGGCGGCCACAGGCUGCGUGCGGGCCGCCGGUGAAUGCGUUGCCCAGGCCAAGGCGGCCGUCGAGAGGGUGGGGAACUUCGAGUUUGAGCUGGGCGAGAACACCCUGGGAAUCGAUUUGAGCGUCCUCGAUGCCGUCAUGCAGGAGCGAACCAGGACCCCGUCGGUCACGGGCCGGUCCGAUGCCACCAGCCCUGCCGAGUCUUGCAACGCUGCUGAGCCGCCGCAGCCGAGGCGGCGGACACUCGGCGCGGUCGACAAGCCGCUGCCUCGGGUUCCCAAGCGCAGCCUCCCCACGGAGCAGCAUCAUCCGCCGAGCCGCGCUCCCGCGUCGUCCAUCUCGUCGGCCCGACCCGCCCCCGGUCCUCGGACUGCGGGCUCCACCGCUCCCUAUCCCGCCGAUCGCAUGUCGGGCGCUGAUGCCUUGAGGAGCGAGCAAGAAAUGCACUCGCGAUUCGAUGUCCUCGCGGCCUCGAGUGCUGGGAGCACCGCGACGUACCUGAGCCGAGACUCGAAAGCCAGUCUUGUCUUGCAGACGUCGACGAGGGCCACCACGCCGGAUCAUGGCCUGGGGCCGCGCAGCCAGCCGUCCAUGUCGGAACUGAGCAUGACGGGCAGCUUCUCGCAAGCCGAAGAGGCCGAUGAUGUCGAAACAAGGCUCGUCGAGAGAACCUAUGCGCACGAACUGAUGUUCAACAAGGAGGGCCAGGUCACCGGCGGCUCCUUGCCAGCGCUGGUUGAGCGGCUCACUACCCACGAGUCCACGCCCGAUGCUGCCUUUGUCUCCACCUUUUACCUCACCUUUCGGCUCUUCUGCACGCCGGUCAAGCUGACACAGACCCUCAUCGAACGCUUCGAAUACGUGGGCGAAUCCCCUCACAUGUCGGCACCCGUCCGCCUCCGAGUGUACAACGCCUUCAAGGGCUGGCUCGAGUCUCACUGGAGGGAGCAGACCGACCGGGCGGCGCUGAAACUCAUCAUUUCUUUUGCCGAGGAGAGACUUGGCGCCGUGCUCCCUACGGCCGGGCCCCGGCUCCUCGAGCUGGCCAAGCGAGUUUCCGAACAUGGCUUGCUGGUACCCCGGCUGGUGUCGUCGAUGGGCAAGACAAACACGGCCAUUGCCCAGUAUGUGCCCGCGGACACGCCGCUACCCCAGCCGGUCAUCUCCAAAAGCCAGCUGCACACGCUGAACUCCUUCAAGGCGGGGGGCAGCACGCCGACUCUACUGGACUUUGAGCCCCUGGAGCUGGCCCGCCAGCUGAUUAUCAGGCAGAUGGCCAUAUUCUGCUCCAUUCUGCCGGAAGAGCUGCUUGCCUCACAGUGGAUGAAGAACGGCGGAGCCGAAGCGCGGAACGUCAAAGCCAUGUCGUCUCUGUCGACGGACCUGUCCAACCUGGUGGCCGAGACGAUUCUCCAGCACCACGAGAUCAAGAAGCGCGCGGCCGUCAUUAAGCAGUGGAUCAAGAUUGCCCACCACUGCCUGGAGCUCCACAACUACGACGGCCUGAUAGCCAUAGUCUGCAGCCUCAACAGCAGCACCAUCAGCCGCCUGCGCAAGACUUGGGAUUCCAUCUCGUUCAAGCAUAAGGAGAUGCUGCGUGCCAUGCAGGAAAUCGUUGAGCCGUCGCAGAACCACAAGGUGCUGCGGACGCGGCUGCACGACCACGUCCCGCCAUGCCUCCCUUCUCGGCAUAUGUUGCUGGGCACCGAGCCCGAUGACGCGGGCGCUGGCGGCUUAACCGUUGUCAACUUUGACAAGCACUGCCGAACCGCCAAGAUUAUCGGGGAGCUUCAGGAUUCCAAAUCUCCUACCGGCUGA